CAGUGGUUUUCUUUAUGUUAUCAUUUUUCGCAGAAACAGCUUCGACAUCUUCUAGAAAAUCGACAAGCGUUUCCAUAUCUGCGGUCACUUCGUCAGUUUCUGCUUUAACAACUGAAACACAAAGUUCAACACAGUCCGAGAGGAAAUUCGAGACCAUUAUCAGUUCAACAUCUUCGAUUACUUCUGAUGAAUCGACAGGCGUAUCUACGUCUGUGGUCACUCCAACAGUUUCGGCUGUAACAUUUUCUACGUCUGUGGUCACUCCAACAGUUUCGGCUGUAACAACUGAAACACAAAGCUCAACACAGUCCGAGGAAGCAACUUCGAGUCCAUUAUCGGUUGUAUCUAGAAAGUCAGUGCCAGCAUCAGUCAUAGCGGGUCCUAUAGGUGUAAUUAUCUUUAUAGUCGUGGUAACCAUUGGACUGGUGGUCUUUUUCAGGCAAAGGAAACGGCGUUAUGACGCGAAGUAUAUAUGUAAUAUCCAUUAUAACCAAGCCUAUGAUGAACAUGGUGCACCGUCUGCAGACAACGUGUCGGCUUCUUCCAAAGAUAGUGGAUUUGGUAAACAUGAAUCUGUGGAAGGCGAAAUGAUGGAUGGCGAUUACAACACAUUACGGCUACACUUUCCUGUGAACAACGGACCACAAGGAAACACGUACAACCGCAUGGACGAAUAUUUUACUGCUGAUUCGACGUAUUCGCAUAUUCCUAGCUCUAAAGAAGCCUUGUUCGACAAUACAUACUCUCACAUGUCCAAUGUCGCACCUGGUAAGAAACUAAAGCCACAAGGCAUCGAUACAACAUACAACCACUUGGGAAAGUCUAAUUCUAGCAAACUUAAAGUCAGAACAGAAGAAACAAGCAACGACACAUACAGCCACGUACAAAUGAAUCCUUUUCGUCCAGCGGCAGACCAAGACGACCAGGACGAUAAUUAUUCACACAUUAACCAAGCUGGAUUGAAUGCCCAAAUGCCAAACGCAGUAAAACAACGUGCUGUUGCGAAGGAAUCGAUGAAUACAAAUGCCGAAUAUGCUGAGGUGAAUUAUGUAGAUAUGCUCAUUGACAAAGGGAAGAAACAGCAUGGUGAUGCUCAAGCUGAAAAAGCUUCUACGACGACUGCAGAGGAUGAGAACGAAUAUGAAGGUCACACUUAUUUUGUUCUGGAGUCCAAUACUGGCCAGCAUCCUAAACAAGCUCGAUACGACUAUGAAGAAGUGGCAACGCCAGAUAAAGACCAUACCGAGUUCCAGGUUGUUGACUCCCCAAAGGAUACACAACACGAGUACUUUGUCAUUAAGCCUAGUAAAUGAAUUAUGAAUGUUACACAAAGACAAUUCAUCAAUGAAAGUUUACACAUUGUAGAAUCGUUACGCAAAACAAAGAGUUAUCACACGACCAAGGGCUCUUUUCAAUAAACACGAUAUGUCAUACAUACAACUGGAUAGCUGGGUCUCAGGCGUCUCAAAUAAAAUAUAAUUGGUCAGAUUUUUUUUUCUAGAUGUGUAUUAAAUUCUAUCUUUUACAUACGAGUGUUUUACGCAUUCCUUUCGCGGUAUCGAAUGAUGUAAAUGGGAUUGAAAGUACUCUUUGUAUGUAAGUAAGGGAAUGAGAGAUUACUAUAAAUAGCACGUGUUGUACUUAUUGUACCAUUGACUGGUUUUGACACUUGCAUGUUUACUAAGCAAUUUUAACAGUUUUUUUUUGUGAAAAACAAAACUUAUAUGUAUAAUCUAACGUAUGCUUUGGGAAGAAUGAGUUACAUCUUUCAUAUGUGUAUAUUAUUACGUUUGUGUAUGUCUAUUGAUGGAAUGAUGUUUAGUUUAGCAACUAACAUGUUUAUGAUUAAUGUACUUAAUAGUAUGGAGGCUAUUCGUUGCCAAAAGUCCAGACGUGUAUGUGUGUAUUUUAGGUUUGUAACAUUGAUGAUUUACCAAUUUACAUUUUACAACCGCCAACUCAUCGGUUGUAUGUUUACAUUUUACACUGCACAUUUUCAUUUUUCAUUGUACCGAUUGGAGUUUUAUUCUCGUUGCAUAUAUUCAACAGACGAUUCAGUCGUGUUUAUAAAGUUGUGUAUGUUAAACACACGUCAUUCUGUGAAAGUCACGUGCCGAGUUUUACAUUGCGGUGUGUAGAAGACAGAUUUCAGUUCGUAGUUCUACAAAGUACAUUGUAUGGUGGUGACUUUUCAUUCGCAGUUGAACAUGUUUACGAGAUGAAUUUAAUUUUAUUUAUAGAUAGCUCCGCCUUAACCGUGUCUUAACUCCGCCUUAACCAUGUCUUUACUCCUCCUUACGUCUUUCGGAAAUUUCCGCUAUCACUCGGCUCUAUUUAAACCAAUUAUGGGUACUUUGGACCAUGGGCAUUGCGAACCUUAUUAUGGACAUUACGAAUCAUCUAUAUUAUGACACUAUGGACUAUGAUUUGGAAACAGGAUGGAUUAUAAAUUAUUUCAUGUCGAAUAAAAUAAUAUGAUAUUACAACAUGUUUUGUCUAUAUAAUAGUAAUUAAUACGCACAUAUGAUAUGAAAUGAGAUGUAUGCAAAAUGAUACUUGACUCAAACACAACAAAAUGUAAGUCAUUAGCAUUAAAUUAUACUUCAGGAAUGAAAAGUCCCAUUGUCUUAUUUUUCUUUAAAGCUGCACUCUCACAGAUUGACCGUGUUGACAACUGUUUUUAUUUUUUGUUUUGGAAUUAGCCAAUUUUUGCGUAAAUGUCUGGAUACAUGUGGUAUAAGACAAAAGAUCAGAUACAGUUUUUCAGUUUUACGUUCGCAAAUUGAUGUUUUAUGGCUAAAAGUGAUACUACAGUAACGUUUUAAGAAAAAUGAAAAAUGUCGGCAGUUUUCCAAACAAUUUAGAUCUGUCUUAUUAUUUGUAUAGAAAGCACCAUACAUGCUUAUUAAGAUAGUAAAUGUUUAACAUCAGACAAAACUAGGUGGAUAUCAUUAUGAUGUCCAUCAAAAGUUUCGUGGGUUUGCUGGAGCAGGUUUUGAACAGGGACUUGCGUUAGAGGGGCGUUACUUAGGGGCACAACUUUUUGGACAUGAUCCCUCGAGUGGGCAUGACAUUAAUAUGUUUAAAAUGUGGGAAGUGGGGUUUAGGGGUACUCCCCCUAGAAUAUUUUAAAUAUUUUUAGUCUGAAUUGGUGCAGUAUGGCGUAAUUAAGUACUUUUUUCUGUGAACUAUUGACCAAAAAAAUAACCUAUAAGUUUACU